GUCAUCCCCGUCGUCGCUCGACGUCGACGAGUAUUUUGUCUCGGUUUUUCGCAUCGAAAUAUGAGCACCGGUGACAGAAGCCACGCACUCGCGUCGUGUCGUCGUCGUCGUCGUCGCUGCGUCAACGUGAAGUAUACGAACGUGUGAGGAAGACGAAGGCGAAGAAGAAGAAGAAGACGACGUUGAGAAGGCGGUGGAAGUGUAUAACGUCGCAGCGCGGCGCCGCGAAAAGGUAUCUGAGACCGCAGUGAUGUUAAAGAAGACCAACUGCAAGAUGCUGGUUCAUCAGGUGUCGGCGGUACUGCCAGACGACAGGCCAAUAACUGCCAUUAGUGUUGUGGAAGAUUUGGACAAGUGUCCACCGAACUUCACAGUGGUAUCGAGGACUUACGAUCAGGACACCGACGCCGAUCUGUGGAGGGAGAGCGGACUGUUCAUCAAGAAGAAGGGUAGAUAUAUCUGCUUCUCGAAGACUGAGGGCCAACCUGACUGCGUGGUCGAGGAUAUCGUGGUGAUUAACGAGCGAGACACUCCGCCGGAAGGUUACAACAUGAUUUCGUACACCGUGGACACGAGGCAGAAGGCGUGGCGGAAGAAGCAGGUGUGCUACAAAAUUAGGAAUAAGGACCUGUGCGCAAAAGCGGUCACGGAUAUAAUUAUUUGCAGCAGGAUAAUCCACAAGGACUCCAAACUGGCUCCUAUCGGAUUUUCCGCUGCUGGUGUCAUAAAUGGUGUUCGUGUGUGCUACAAGACGGUAGAUAUCACAAAUACGAAUUCGGAUUCGCAGUCGUACGUUAAUAUAGACUUACUACAGAACCCUUCUCCAAAUCCGACGAAUGGCACCUUUCACAGGCCGGCUCCUGAGAGACCCCCGAAACCAAAGUUUUCACCAAAACCAUCAGCCAACGGGAUUUAUCCGCAAAUUAACGCAGCUAACAAGGACGACGAAUCCGACGAUCGAGAUUACGAGGUCUUGAGUCCUAACGCGAGGAUCAGGCCAACGAGGCCGGCGCCCCAACCGCCCAUGUCCACGCCAUCGGCCAUCACGUCCACACCCAUUUACGGUACACUUCCCGGAUCGUCCGAUCUCGACGGAGUUCCGUUCGCGCUUAAUCCUCGUCUUACUUCUAAUCACCUUGAUUCUGCCAGUAACAAACUUCCUGUUAUCAAAGUGUGGACACAGAAAGACUUGGAUAGAGAGUUCUUCUAUGAUUUUCGCGCGGAAAGAGAAACUUGAAAGAUGACAAGCGUGCCAAACCUAGUUCGAGUUUGCGAACGAGCUCUUUCCGCUGUACGCGUUCGUAUUCGAUAUAAUGCUAGCCAACAAGCGUAAAUGGAGUGCCUGAACGAGUGAUUUGUACUAACCGCGAGAGAAUGAAGCCUGUAUGACGCUUAAAAUGGGGAUUGUGUAAUGUUUAAGAAGGAAUAAGAUAAAAGAACUUAUUCGAUGUACACGUUUCUUCCACGCCCCACAUUUAGAUUUUGAUACUGGUGAUAACGUUGUCAUAUUUUUAUAGACUUGCGUUAUUUUUUGAUAGAUAGUAGAGAUUAUAUAUGUAAAAUAUAUGUACACAUAAUUGUAUCAUAAUGUCGAGAUCUUCUGUGCAUCUCUUAAUAUUGCAUAUCUACGCUUUUAAACACACAAAUGCAUAAUACUGUUGACAGUAGCAACGCAUUCUCGCCGCACAUUGAGCACUUAACAUGGCGUUUUAAAUGCGUGGUGAGAAUGCAUGUCGCAAAAAAGCCAUUUAAUUUUAUUCUUUCUUCUACCUAUCUGAUUGUCUUUUUUUUAUAUAGAGAUUCAAAUAUUUAUCGUUUUCCUUCAAAGUGCUGCUGCUUUUCUUUACCUGUAAUAAAGUAUUAUUCUCUUUUUUUGUUUAUAUACUCACGUUCUAUAAUCUGUAAUUCUGUUUGAAAGUACGUAUGGUUGUGUAUAGCACGUAUACUGAGAAAAAAAAUAAUUUUUUGAUAUAUACACACACACAUAUAUAUAUAUAUAUAUAUAUAUAUAUAUAUAUAUAUAUGUAUAUGUAGACAGAGCACGACGUUCAAUUUUAAUUUUUCACUCGAAUUCUCCUAUUCGUCGAUAAAUUCGUAUUUUGCACAAGUUUCCGUUCAAUCGCACACGUAUACGAAUGUAAUUUAAGAUAGAAUCUUGUAUGUAAUUAAUUUAAUAAAAGAUGACGAUCAAAAACCACCAA